GCUCCAGCAUCGAGUGCGCAGCGCGUGUUGUCAUUUUUUGGCUGGUCGGGUGAGCAGGUUCAUAAUCCAUCGGUUGAUCUUUAAGUGGCCAGCAAGGACGCCUUUCAUAUUAUAAUCCGUGUUCGUGCGGCGAGAGGGCGAGUCAGUCUUUAAAUCUGUAGUAGCGGCGAGUCACGUGACACCAUGAGCAAAGUGCAAGGGGGAAUGAAAUGCGUGAAAUAUCUGCUUUUCGUCUUCAAUUUCAUCUUCUGGCUGUCUGGCAUGCUGGUACUGGCUGUUGGACUCUGGCUCAGGUUUGACCCGCAAACAGUGGAGCUGCUGACUGGAGAAGAAGCGCCGGACUCCUUCUUCAUUGCGGUCUACAUCCUCCUGGGGGCGGGAGGCUUGAUGAUGCUGGUGGGGUUCUUUGGUUGUUUCGGUGCCAUCCGGGAGUCCCAGUGUCUUCUUGCUUCCUUUUUCGUUUGCCUGGUGAUUAUCUUCGGAGCUGAGAUCGCUGCAGGAGUUUUUGGCUUCAUCAAUAAAGACCAGAUUGUGGAGGAGGUCCAGAAGUUCUACAGUUCCUCCAUUGCUGACGUCUCCAACAGCAACAGCAACAGCUCAGCCAUCGCAUUCGUUUACCACAAAACUCUGAACUGCUGCGGAGGCUCCGAUCAGGAAGCAUCAGCCGCUCUGUGUGGGGACGCUGCAGAAGGCGCUCCGGACUGUCUGACGGCGAUUAUGGAUUUCUUUAACGAAAAGCUGCAUGUGAUCGGAUACAUCGGGAUCGGCGUCGCUGCAGUCAUGGUCAUCGGCAUGAUCUUCAGCAUGGUGCUGUGUUGUGCCAUCAGGAACAGCAGGGAGGUGAUAUAACACCAGAGCAAGACCCCACCCCUCCCCCACACUCACACCCCGACGAAACGGAGCUUCAUAAUAAAGUCAUUUACCUUAGAAGAGAAACACCCAUGUUUUGUCGCCGCUCGUGGUCAAGACUGGUCACAUGAUCGACAACAAAACAACAGCGAACAACUGAAAUCCUCUCGUGGCCGAAUGUUUCGGCAACUUCUGCUCUUCUGCCCGUUCAGUUUUUUUCUAUGUGAUGUUUCUAACUUGAAGAGGCUGGAAUGUUGUGACUCUGUACAGAAUUCAUGUCUAAAAAUGUGCUGUGCUUUUUAACUUGCACCAAACCCGUGAGCCGCUUCGCAGAUUUCUGUUCCAUCACGUGCCUCUUUACGCUCACGAUAGCGUCCGGCGAGUAUUUAUUCAGCCUCCUUUUUAUUGUCCUGUUAUUGAUGUGUGAGCGAAGGUCUGUGAAGGAACAAAACUGGUGCCGAGGUCAGAUGGAGUUGCAGAACCAUUGUGAAGAAAUAUGAUGUUGAAAUUUGAAAACAACUGGGUCAAUGCAAAACUAUUCUUAAUAAUUAACAACUAUUGUCAUGCUUCUCAAAGAUACAGUGCACAUCUUAAAAGUAAAAUGAAAGCAUUCUUUUAAAUUCAAAAUUAAAAUAUUUUCAUGUAAAUAAAAAAGCAAAAAGAAUGGCUGAAAAUAUGUAAUUCUAUCAAAAUAAUUUUUCAUUUUAAGUCAGUUUGUUGCUGUAUAAUGUUUAAUUUCAGAUGGAACCAACAGCAAUUUAAAUUUGAAAGUUGUUGUGGCAGAUAGUCAAAAUCGUAUUUCUAAGUAAACUAAUAGUACAUUUAUUUAAAUGUAUGAAAAGUUUAUUUUAAAAAGUCUUGAUUUUAAAAGCAAAAUGUAUAUGGUUGGCUUUUUAAGGGAACAGUGGGAAGUGAAAUGUUGAAGUUAUGCGAUAAUAAAAAAAUAGUCACAUCAAGGUCGCAAUAUAAAUAUGUUGAAUCACAAUAAUGUAAAGAAGCUUCAAUAUACAGUUGUAGAAACUGAACACUUCAGUUCUCAGGUUCUGUUCCUUGACUGACUGAAGCCUGAGUGUGACCGUCCCCUGUAAAUCCAGUCAUGAUCGCAGCUUCUCUGGAGGGUGUGUGAACUGUUACUUUUGCUUCUUACUGUGUGUGAACCAGGCCUGUGAUGUUUCUCAGCUGCCACUAGCUCGUCUCUUCUCCAAUAAAAACAAAAUGGUGCUUUCACAAA